UGGGGAACCUUUCCUUGGUAGGGCUGGGGAGUCCCUGACACUGAAUGGAAGGCUGCCUGCUGAGUGAUAUUAGUGCCUGCUGUGAGGACAGAGGCUCAUUAGUGAUCAUUAGUGAACUGCAUAGUGAGCAGGGUUUCUUGCCUGUAGAGCUGACUCUCUAGUUUAGAGGAGUGUUCAGGGAUUGCACUGAAAACAUGAAGAAAAAGUAGAAGACACAGAAGAAUGCUUCUCCGAAACCGAUUUCUCUUACUGCUGGCCUUAGCUGGACUGCUGGCCUUUCUAAGCCUCAGCCUGCAAUUCUUUUCCAGAUGGUUGCCUGUCAGCCUGCAGCUUAAGACCGAAAUGCAAAUGUUUCCAGAGUUCCCUGUGCGUCUGAUCCCAGCUGAUCAAGCCAGAGAGGAAGGUCUGAGUGCCAAAAAUCGGAAAAGAAUAAUGCCUGAGCCUUUGACAGAGCCUCCUGCAUUAGAUCCACUCUAUGAAGCAAAUCUCUAUUGCAAUACUCCGGGAGCGAAAGAAAGAAGCAUGGAAGGUCAUGCCCCUCCUAAUUUAAAGUUGUUGUCUGUACAAGUAAUAAUCCGGCAUGGAGACCGGUAUCCGUUAUAUGCCAUUCCCAAAACCAAGAGACCUGAUAUUGACUGUGUCCUUGAACCAAGCAGGAAACCAUCUCAUCCUCAUUUGACAGAUUUUAUUAGCCAUAUGUCAAGAGGAGUAGAAGCACAAAUGGAUGGUACUUUAGGCAGUUUACCUCGCUUACCCAACCACAUCAUGUGUGAAAUGGGAGAGCUGACUCAGACAGGUGUGGUGCAGCAUCUCAGAAAUGGGCAGUUGCUAAAGGAAAUCUACUUGAAGAAACACCGACUUCUCCCGAGUGCAUGGACUGCAAAGCAUCUCUAUUUUGAAUCCACUGGAAAAAGCAGGACAUUGCAAAGUGGGCUGGCCCUGCUCUACAGCUUUCUGCCUCAUUUUGACUGGAAGAAAAUAAACAUUAAGCACCAAUGGAGUACAAUAUUUUGCUCUAACCACUGUGACUGCCCAUUGAGGAACCAUUACCUAGAGGAAGAACAACGUCGCCAGUACAGUUUUCGAGUGAAGAACAGCCUCCUCGAGAAGACCUACAUAAACAUGGCCAAAAUAGUAGGUAUCCCCACCAGGCAGUUAAGGGCUUCGAACCCUAUAGACUCGUUACUGUGUAAUUUCUGCCACAAUGCAAGCUUUCCUUGCACCAAGAAUGGCUGCAUUGACUUGGAGCACUUUAAAGUCAUCAAGACACAUCAACUGGAAGAUGAAAAAGAAAGACACGAAAAGCAACUUUAUUUCAAAUAUGCACUGAUGGCAACUUAUCCUCUUUUUAACCAGACGGCCAACAGAAUGCUCCAUAUUGCAGGAGGCAAACGGGAAGAGGUUUUUGCUUUGUAUUCUGCCCAUGAUGUGACCCUGUCCCCUGUUAUGAGUGCUCUGGGUCUUAAAGAAGCCAGAUUCCCUAGAUUUGCCGCUCGCUUAGUUUUUGAACUGUGGCACGACCCAGACAAAGCAAAUGAUCACUACGUAAGGGUCCUGUAUAACGGGGAAGAUGUUACAUUUCAGACCUCUUUCUGUCAAGAUCAGCAAAAGAGUCCAAAGCGUCUCCUGUGUCCUCUGAAAAAAUUUAGCACUUUUGUCCAGAAAGAAAUGUUUUUAUCACUUAAUAGCACAGGGUACUACGAUGCUUGCCAUCAGCGGUUGUUGUGAAGUUGACAGAACAAUUUGAUAGUUCUCCGACAUUCCUAUUCUGUAACAUCAGCAUUAGGUACUGUUUCCUUUCUGCCAUGGUUUCAUACUAAUACAGCUAAGUAUGGGAUUUUAAGGUAACUUUUAGGAUGUUACAACAUGGCAAGUCUAAGCAACUUUUCCGUUGGUCUUCAUUUUAUUCUUUUUUAUAGUUUUAAAAUGCUUAACCUUUUUCUUCUGAU